AUGGAUUACAUGAGUACAUGUCAAGAGAAUUCCAUCACGUUUACGGGUAAGAGAUACACAGCCGAGUUGCCAUGGAAAUUAGAUAGCCCACCCCUACCUACAAACUAUGACAUAGUGAAGCGCAGAACUGGAAACUUAUUAAACAAGUUACGUCAAGACCCAGUUACACUGAACCAUUACAAUGCUAUAAUAAAAGAUCAGAUAAAGAAAGAAUUCAUAGAAGAAGUCAUGCCUACAGAUGAACCCGGAAAGAGAGUACACUACAUUCCCCAUCACGCCGUGAAUAAGGAAUCUUCGACAACACCCAUACGCAUUGUGUACGAUUGUAGUUGUCGGAUGUCACGAAACCACCCGAGUUUAAACGAUUGUCUGCAAUCUACACCACCGCAACUCAACGACUUGACAGCCAUAUUAGUUCGAUUUAGAUUUCACAAAUUUGCAGUUGUUAGUGAUAUCGAGAAGGCGUUUCUACAUGUGGGACUACACGAGAAGGACCGAGAUGUCACACGAUUUUUAUGGCCUUCAGAUCCAACUAAUCCCGACAGCCCAUUGAAAACAUACCGUUUCAAGUCCGUGCUUUUCGGAUCAGUUUGCUCCCCUUUUAUAUUAAAUGCAACAAUACUGAAGCAUCUACAGAGAAACUGCGACAAUUGGAUCAGCGAAAAACUGUGCAAGGAUCUGUAUGUAGACAACUUCUUGUCCAGUUUUGAUAAGGAAGCAGACGUAUUAAGAAAUUUUCGGGAGUCACGUGAUCUUAUGUCAGCUGCAGGAUUUAAGCUACGAUCGUGGAAUUCAAACAGUAUCUUGCUCAGGGAAAUGACGACACAUCACAAUGUACUCGACGAAGAUAAAGUAACAAAACUGUUAGGAUUACGCUGGCAACCAGAAAUGGACAUAAUGACAUUUGCAGAAAGACCAAUAGACACAAACCCGAUUACGACCAAACGUUAUAUUUUACAAAGUACAUCACGAAUAUAUGACCCUCUCGGCAUACUCAGUCAGUUACCGUAA